CCUUCAUUCUUUUAACCAAGGUCAAACAUCUUCAUAAAUGAAUCUUUCUACAUACGCAAAGUAGUUGAACUUGAACUUCAAGUGAAGCAAGAUGUGGCACUUUACUUGCAUCACAAUAGUUACUUUUUUCCAAAUAGCUUCAGGAUUAAACAACUUCGACGUUCCCGCUUUGUAUCAGAUUACGGAGCCGCUAACUCAUGGAGAGUGUCCGUCAUGGGACAGCAGAAACAAUCUUCUCUACUUUGUUGACAUUCAGAAAGGACAAAUUUACAGCUAUAACUACACAAACAAGGAACUAACAUCCAUAAUACUGAACGGGUCAGUUGCACCAGUUGUCCAGUCCAAAUCCGAUCCAAAUCUUCUUAUUGUUGGCCUCGACCGCUCCAUUGUUGCAGUUAAAUGGGACAGAGAAAAUGGAAAUUACACAAGUAAAACACUUGUUACAGUAGCUGAAGAUAAACCAGAUUCGACCAUGAAUGAUGGAAAGGCCGACAGGAGAGGACGGAUUUGGUUCGGAACAAUGGAUUACGAUGCUGAUACUAAAAAUCAUCCAGAUAAAGGGAGUCUCUACAAAGUGACGAAAAACAGUGUUUCAACACCUCAGCCGGUAAUUACUCCCGUUAAUGUAAGUAACGGAAUGGCCUGGAAUAAAGCAAACAACAAGUUUUAUUACAUCGAUUCCCCAACUCGCCAAAUUUUCGAAUAUGACUACGACGACGUCAAGGGAGAAAUAUCAAAUCGGCGAGUGGCUUUCGAUUUGAGGGACUACAAUUUGACUGCAAGUCCCGACGGUAUGACCAUCGACGUGGACGAUAACUUAUGGGUGGCUCUCUUUGGCGGUGGUUCCGUGAUCAAAGUAAAUCCAAAAACUGGACAACUACUAAAUCGGUAUCCGAUCCCAGCCGAAUGCGUCACUUCCGUCAUGUGGGGAGGACCCGACUUAGACAUUUUAUUUGUCACAACUUCGAAACUUCGACUCAGUGACGAAGAAAUUUUGAAACAACCGGGUGCCGGUUGUGUUUUUGCGUUAACUAAUUUGGGCACUAAAGGUUUUCCCGUUUUCGAGGCAGACUUAAUCGACUCGAUUUAAGUAUUGUUAAAGAGUUCGUCUAGUUUUACACUCAGGCACUUAGAAAAGAGGAAAAAAAUAUGAAAUAAAUAUUUUCCACUGCACUCGAUAGGGGAAAAAACUUUUUUUCUAUUAAUUUAUUUGUCCUAAAAAAAGAAAAAAAACAUUUGACCAAAAAAUCACAUUGGCUGUUUUUUACAUCAAUGGAUCGAAAAUGCGAAAUAAAAUUAUUCUGCAAAAAUUUGACUUGAAAAAAAUCAAUAGAAUUUGAUUAAAAGCCAUUUUGAUAUUAUUCCUCCGGAAUUUCAGUCUAAUUUAUGAGGGACAAGAUUGAAUAGUAAUAAAUCUCCGCUACAAAAGGACCCACUACCUACCCCAAUACCACUAAUGACUGCAGAAAUUUUACAACUAGCGGCACGGUACCAUCGGGCGGUCUUAAAGCCAGGACCGGAAUAAGCACACUAACGUGUUAAAAAUGUUUUUAUUAAAAAAUUACAUCAGAUGUUCAAAUUGAUGACUAUUUUGGUCUAAGCACAAACAAAUUCUUCGUUUACAAUUCGCAUGAACCCUUGCCGCAAGAUUUAAAGAUUAAUAUUCCAUUUGCAGUAAACAGAUAACAUAAAUGGGAAUCUGGGCCUGAAAAAUUCUUACCAGCUGCCUCAACCUUCAGACCCAACAAUGAUCGCGUGCCAAUUUUACGACAAAUGCGAUAAAUUUUUGAAAACCACCACUCCUAUGGAAAUGAUUUACAAUUCUACCAAAAUUCAUGGGAAAAAAGCUGCCUCGAUAUCAAAACGCAAAUUAAAAAUCAACGACAUAUUUUUUCGAAAAUUUAAUUAGGCAGUUUGAUGCACCUCCUCAAAGUACACCCAUAGACAAAAAAUCGUUGACAUUAGUCUAUAGUUAACUAAGCGAAAGUGAAAAAACACACCAUACAAGUAAACAUUUUAAAAAUUGGUCAAAACGUUCUUCUAUACAAUAAAAUCACAUACGAUUUUUUUUUAGAAUUGUAGAUACAUUAUAAAGAGGUGUAAACUGCCUGAGUGUAAAACUUGACUCACCCUUGUUUAUUAUAAUAUAUAAGUUAAAGAGAUGCGAUACAAAAAUUAAACAGUCUUUGAUGAUCA